AUGAAAAACUUAAGUCUUAAACAAUCUAAAAGGCAAAAAUAUAAUUCUGUUAGUUCAGAUGACAGAUAAAAAAUAAUCAAAAUGUUUUUAGAAAAUGAUUAUUCUGCCAUCUAAGUAUUGUAACAUUUAUAAUACAGAUUGCUCACCUUACAGGACAUAAUUUAUCAACUAUCAAAGCUAUUUACAGAAUUUAUAAAAAUGAAGGUAGAAUCAAUAAAAAAGAAAGGCGAGAUAGAUAGAUCAAUAUUUAAUAAAAUGUGGUUGUAUUGAUGGUGGAUGAAAAGUAAUUGUUUAAUUCUAUAAUGUAGAACAAGAAAAAUGAAAAUUAUAAGGAAAUAAUAAUCAAAGCAAGAGUUUAUCAUGAAGAAUACAGAGUAUACUUACGAAUCUAUUCAGAAUACAAUUAAUUAAACUUUUUAAAAUUCGACUGCUGAUAUAAUUAAACAAUUAGAUAGUUUAUCAUCAAAAUAAUGCUUUAAUUAAUUAAUUAAAAAGGGUUAAAUAGAAGGUUUAGAUAUCAAAGAUUUUAAGGAGAUUUCUGAAAUCACAAAUAAAUUUAAAAAUAGAAUUAAGAUUUCAUCUUAACUCUAAUAUUUUCAGAAUCUUUUUUCUAAAUCAGAAUUACAUUAUUAAGAGAAAUAACCCUAACCUACUCAAAAACUUCAACAAUUUCUAAAUUCUGAUAUCAACGACCUAAAGAGGAUUUUUGAGUUUCAGAUUAAAGAUUAUUUUUUAAAAUCUAAAGAAAAUUUGAAAUGA